UGGGGACUUGAAGACCAUAGCUUCCUGUGUGGGCAUGGCUAGCCAUCAACACACCACCCCCCUGAGGAUUGUUCUUGUAGGGAAAACUGGCAGUGGGAAAAGUGCCACAGGAAACUCCAUCCUUGGGAAGAAUGUAUUUGAUUCUAAAAUUGCUUCUUACUCUGUCACCAAGACCUGCCAGAAAGCUUCCCGGGAAUGGCAGGGGAGGGAGCUUCUUGUUGUGGACACCCCAGGGCUCUUCGACACGAAAAAGAAGUUGUACACCACCUGCAGGGAAAUCAGCAAGUGUGUCCUGUCCUCCAGCCCAGGGCCUCACGCCAUCCUCAUGGUCAUGCAGUUGAACCGCUACACCGAGGAGGAGCAGAAAACCGUGGAGUUGAUCAAGAUUGUGUUUGGGCAGUCAGUUAUGAAGCACAUGGUCAUCCUGUUCACUCGCAAAGAUGACUUGGAGGACAUGGACCUUCUCAACUUCAUAUCAGAAGCAGAUGUGAAACUGAAAAGCAUCGUCAAAGAGUGUGACAACCGCAUCUGUGCCUUCAACAACAAGGCAGAGGGGCUGGAGCAGGAGGCACAGGUGUGGGAGCUGGUUCAGCUGAUAGAGAAGAUGGUGCAGAAGAACAGAGGGUCUUACUUUUCUGACCCCAUCUAUAAGGAUGCAGAGGAAAGGUUGAAACAGUGGAUAGAAAGGCAGGAGAAAAUCUAUGGUCACCAAUUAAUGGGUGAGAUUAAAGAAAUAGAGAAGGAUUAUUCUGACAAACUGAAACAAGAAAAGGAGACUAUUUUCAUCAACCUGAGAGGUCACUAUAUCAAUUUAAAAACACUUCUAAGGGAAGAGGCUGAGGAGAACAUGCCUGAAGAGAUGUUGACAGGCUGGACCAGUUGGUAGCAUACCUUGUUGAGGGCAAAUAUAGUGCUCACAGACCCAGAUUCAGCUCCUAUUCCUAAUCUCCAGUGGGGAUGCUUCACAGAUACUGAAACAGUGCUAUAGGAUUCUCUCUCCUUGUUUAUCUACCCUUUCCCUCUGGAUUGGUCUCUAUCCAAAAGAAAGGAGGAAAGGAAGGGAGAGAUUGGUAUCUAGAAACACCAAGCUGAAGAUGUC